AUAUCCUCGGGAUUGCGGGACACUACGCCGACCAAGGAGGGAUUCUUCGACUCCAAGUCCGUCCCUGCAGGUGGCUUCCGCGGCAGCGUUACAGGCUCGGCCAGUUGUGUCCCGGGGACCAGCGUCGACAACUGCAAACACUGUCUUGCUACUGCCAAGAUCUUGCUGGACGAGUGCAAAUCGGUCACUUCUGGCUCCUUCAGCAACCAGGUUUGCACCAUGUGGUACGGCCAGAUCAUGUGA